CCUUUUGUUCCGCUCACGUUCUUGUUCCUCUCUCUCGCUCGCUCUUCUUCUCUUCCUCGCCGCCGUUGCCAACUUCACCUCUCUCUCUCUCGCCGCCGCCUCCGCCGCCGCACGUGUUUGUUACGGUUAUUGGCUUCGUUGGAGAGGAAAAUGAUAAAGAGGAGAUUCUACAGGCUUGAUCGUGGCGAUAAGGAUGCCUCCGAUGCGUCUUCCUCAGAAGAAGAUGAUUAUGAACAGAACAACGAUGAUGAUGCUGGCUCAACAUCUUCUGGAUAUGAAAGUGAGGAUAGUUCUGUGAAAGAGGUGGAUGUCAAUUCAGCAGGUCUGCUAUCUAGUGAUGAUGAUGCUGGAACUAUACGUGAAAAGCAAGUGCUUAUUAACAGGGAGCUGCCUAAUAAACGUUAUUCUGAAAAGUCUAAUGCCUCAGCUAUGGCUGAAGAGAAACCUUUACCCACUGAAAUGACAUCCUAUAUCUUACAAUGCAAAUCAGUUUUUAAAUGCAGGAUAUGUCCUCGGAUUAUCUGUUUGAGUGAGGACACUUUGCGCGAUCAUCUUCAGUCAAAGAGACAUGCUCGAUCUGAAAAACUUUAUAAGCAAGGUAGACUAAAGGCCAUGCUGAACAUUAAUGGUGAAAUUGAGAAUGAUGAGGACUCAGAGACAGAGAUCCAAACCGAAGAUACUGAGGAAAAUGUGCAGAAGAAGAAGAAGAAGAAUAACAAAGGAGAGAAGCAGAAUAAGAAGAGAUUGGGAAAGAAGAAAAGUGACAAAUCAAACACAAGGAAAAUGCGGUCAACCAAAAGGCAAGCCAAGAAAAGCCGAAAAGAAUGAGAAGUGAGAUGUUUGUUUUCAACAAUUUGUGAAGGGGUUUUUUUUUUUCCGGCUACUGCCAUUUGCCUUCAUAUGUGAAGUCUGAUAUAUGCUCUGCUGAUGGGGCUUUCUGACCCCAUUACCCCUUCCUUCUUCGUCGCAUUUGGAUUGUGCACUUUUGCACUCUGCUUCCUGUAAUGUCUGAGAGCAUUUGAAAUUUCCUCCUCUAGGAGCACAUUAAUGUUAUCGAAUUCAAAGUUAUCUUGUAGAGACUAUUGCGCUUAUAUUAGUUUGAUAGCGGUGUGUAUGGAAAACUUUUAGUAUUUUGGUCAAAA